AUGGAUGAUAAAAAUGAAACGUGCAGGCGAUUAUUGUUAGAUGAAUUAGGCCUCCUGAAAGGAAUGUAUACGAUGGAAGAAUUAGAAAUAAAUGAAUCUCAAGAUCCAACAGAAAAUGGCCAAGUCACACAGCUAAUUUUGCGUCAGCAGGUUGAUGGUAUCAAUUAUGAAGUUGUAAUACACUUGAGUAAUGAAUAUCCUAUUAUACUGAAACCUUCUGCGUUUAUUCGUUGUUCAUUGAUCAAUUGUAACUUGUUCAAUCAAGAACUCCGAUAUUUCAUUGAUCAGGAAACACUCAGUGUACCUCUUAUAUUGGCUAUUGUGCAAUGGAUCAGUGAUAAUAUUAGUCGUUUCAAGAAGAAGAAGAAUGAGAAAGAGACGGUGGAUGAUAUAAAAGCAACAAACAACACCAAAUAUGCGCGAUUUUGGAUCUAUUCACAUCAUAUUCGAAACAAAAUGAAAAUACGCAUGAUCAAGAAUACAGCAGCACUGUAUCAGUUAGAUGGAUUUUUUUGUACCGGAAAACCAGGCGUUAUUAUUUUGGAAGGUAGCCGAAUUGAUUGUGAUAAAUUUUGGAAAGAAAUUCGUGGCCUGAACUGGCAACAUAUUGUGUUACGUUAUUGUGAAGAGCAAAGUGAUCCAUCAUUUCUACGACUUGGAAAAUUUCGUGAAAUUCAAUUUCCACAUACGAAAUAUCUGGCAGAAUUGAAGAAAAUAUUAGCUGAAGCUAAUUUGGAAUAUGGUUUCCCAUUAUUAUUGAAUAUGUAG